AAGGCAGAAUUUCAGAUGGAUGUUUUACUGCCAAAAAAAAAAAAAUUUCUGGAAAGCUGGCACGUGUUCAGAAGUCAGCCAGCAAAUUAUGUCGGUUCAAGACUCCCAGUGGACAAACCGAACAUAUUAAGAAGGAAACCAGAGAUCUGCAGCUCUUAUGUUCUGAAGUCCAGAGGAAGAGCUCAGCAGAGUCGGGGAAUAUUUUUCCAGCCUACAUUUUUAAGGCAGAGGAGUAUGACCAGUGACUUGAGUUCACAAAGAUUUCAGGCUGACAGUUCACUGACCCCAUUCGACAUAAAAAGCAACUACCCGUCUUCCCUCGAAAGCGAAAAGAUGGUGAACGAUCCAUACAUCGGACCCAUCAACACAUCCAACAAUAACGCUUCGACAGCUAAGUGCCUGCUGAAGCUCUCAGGGUACCACUUAGCUUUCAUUCCGGCCCUCUACUAUAUUAUCUUCGUCCUGGGUUUAAUUGGCAACAGCGUGGUGGUCUCCCUGUUCUGUUGCCACCGGGGGCCCAAAAAAGUGGCCAGUAUUUACAUCUUUAACCUGGCCAUGGCAGACCUGCUGUUUCUAGCCACUCUGCCACUCUGGGCCACCUAUUACUCUUACGGCUACAACUGGUUCUUCGGCUCAGUGAUGUGCAAAAUCUCCAGUGCCCUCCUGUGUCUGAACAUGUACGCCAGUGUUUUCUUUAUCACCUGCAUGAGUAUAGACAGGUACCAAGCCGUGGUCUACCCCUUCCAGUCCCAGAGAAGAACCCCGUGGCAGAUGUCAUUCAUCGUGCCCCUGGUGUGGGGCCUGGCCUGCGUGUCCUCCCUGCCCACAUUUUAUUUCCGAGACACCAAGCCCAUCGAGCACUUGGGGGUGAACGCCUGCAUCAUGGCUUUCCCUCCCGAGAAGUAUUCCCAGUGGUCUGCGGGGAUGGCCUUCAUGAAGAACGCGCUGGGUUUCCUGAUCCCGCUGGUGUUCAUAGCCACGUGCUACGCCGGCAUCCGGAAGCACCUGAUGAAGGCCAGCGGAUUCGGGAAGAACCAGCUCAUGAGAGACCGGGUGCUGAAGAUGGCAGCGGCGGUGGUUCUGGCUUUUGUCAUCUGCUGGCUCCCCUUCCACGUUUUAACUUUCCUGGACACCCUGGCCUGGCUGCACGUCAUCACCAACUGCGAUGUGAUCUCCGCCAUCGACACCGCCAUGCCCUUUGGCAUCUGCAUGGGCUUCGCCAACAGCUGCAUCAAUCCCUUCCUCUACUGUUUCGUGGGCAACCAGUUCCAGGAGAGAUGCCGGCGCCUGUUCAAGCUCAGGGUCUCUCAGCUUCGCAAGAACAGAGACAGCACGUCUUCCAGAAAAGGGAAUUCCAUGAAGGAAGUGGUGACCCUGAUGGAAUGAAGACAGACCAGGUUCAGACAACUUCGGCUUCCACGGAUAAGAAUCAAUGGCUUUAGGAAAAGAAGAAUCUUUUUUUUUUUUUUUUUUUGCAAACAAUAAGUGACUUGCCCAGGGUCACCCAGCUAGUCCCGUGUUAGUAUCUGAGAUCAUAUUUGAACUCAGGUCCUCCUGACACUGGGCUGGUGCUCUAGCCACUGCGCCACCUAGCCACCUAGCCACCCCAAGAAGAAUCUAAUCCAAAUUGACUUUCUCACUCUUGGAGACGUUGAAAAGAAUGGAAAUCCCCCUUGUCCCUCCCACUUCUCCUGGGGUGAGGCCUUCCCUGGGGAGAGUGACCCAUGACUUUGAAGCUAUCUGGACGUUUUCUCCAAAGGCAGACAGGCAGAGUGGAACAGUCUACGUGAAGACCAGUUCUUCCUCUUUCUCUGCAGGAAGCAGCAAGAUAUUUCACCCCAUAGACCGGAGUCUUCCUCAUCAUGUGGGGAAGAUCCAGCCCCAGUUCUUGAAGAUCCUGCCAGUUCGGAUCAACGGCAGGCCCUAUUCAACCGGAGAGUGUUUAAGCACAGUCUUGGCUAGGGGCUGUGUGUCUUUUUUCCAAGGGCAACUUGUAAUCGAUUGACAAGUAUUUAUUGAGUACCUACUGUAUACAAGGUACUCAAUAAAUACUUCUUGAAAGAUAUACUCUCAGCAGAGGUUUGGCCACCUGCUGAUAUCAUUGUUCUUUUUAGGGCAAUUCAUGAAGGUCUUCUGAUUAAGUCUGUGUGGGGGACGGGGUGGAAUGUGGUAGGGGAGGUGAUACCCACAUAGACAUCACAGGCCUUACAUUUCCUAUUUCUUCAUUUAAAGAGGGAUCCUUUUGAAAUGACUACCAAUCCUCCAGCUGUCUUCUGCUUGGUAAAGUUUUAGGGCGAGGCAUUCAUUAAUUGCCAAUCACUUUGAGAACAGGGGACACAUAAAGCCCAUAUCCAGGAGGAAGUGGGCCAGUCACCUGGCAAGAACAAGGGGCAGCUCAGAUGCUCUGCUGCCCCACACUAAGUAGCAAAAGUCCCAGAAGGCAUUGCAGGAGGUGGGAACAGAGGGUCGGGUCAGGGAAAAGCUUACUAUAACCUGUCAUCUCAAAACUUGUUAUUUUCACUAAUAAUUCUCUCUCACUCUGUCAAUCUCUCUUGUUUCUUUGCUGAAAGAAUCCGAGUACUGUAGUGCCCUGUGAUUUGGCACCCAAAGGACAAAACUCCAGUUACCCCACUCUACUGACAUCUCUGUUCUUUAGCGGCUUCAGAGCAGGACAGGCCCAAGGAUCCCAAAGGCAGAGGAGAGAUGGACGAGCCCACAGCCUCGAUGGAAACGCGAGCCGCCAAAGAACGGAAGAGUGGCCAUCCGCCACGCCGCCGAUUUCCGGGGCUCCCACGCCUCCUCAGAUCGGCAGUGGGGCCAUCGCUAACAUACGCCGAUAUUAUUCUGUAUCAGCUCAUCCUCUUGUAUCGGUAUGGAUGAGAUAUAUAGAUUGAUAUUGCUAUAAGCUUCUUAUACCUGUAGAAACUUUUUUGAUAGUAUAUUCUUUAUUAUUUUUAUUUGAAACAUUUAACAAUAAUCUUUUCUUGUCACAUCACCUUCAUUUCCAAAUACAUUUCUCUCUUUCUCCCUACCCGGGGAGAAGGAAAGAAACAGUUCAAUACAAUGAGCCAACAGAUCAGCCACAUCUGAGGUGGUCUGCACCCACAAUCUCCCUACUCCACGAAGAAGGGAGAGCGCUACAUUUUCUCAUCUCUUGAGGCCACACUUGGUCCUCAUCACACAGUAUUAUAUUUUGGUUGUUCUUUUUUUAUAUUAUUGUAGUAGUGUAUAUUAUUUUCCCGAUUCUAUUUUCUUUACUCUGCAUCAGUAUUUGCAGGCUUUUUUGAAUUUUUCAUAGUUAGUGGUUCUUAUAGUAAAAUAGAACAUAUUCAUUUAUAUUCAUGUACCACGAUUCCUCAAUCAUCCCUCAAUCGAAGAGCACCUUUUGUGGCCAGUUUUUUUUCUACCACCAAAAAAGGGCUGCGAUGAAUAUUUGGGCUUAAAUGAAAGUGCUGUGUAUUUGACCUUGGGGGCGAAUGGCUCUCAGGAGCAUCUCUGGUGGAAAGGGCCUGGAUUUAGCCACCUUUCUGUUUGGUUUUACCUUCAUUUGAAACUGCUUUCCAGAAUGCUCUGGUGUUUUCACAACUCCAUCAACAGCACCUCGAUGCCGAUCUCCCCACAAAUCUUCCAAAGGUGGCUGGUGCUUUAUUUUUGGCCACCUGUGACAAUUUGCUGGGGACGAAGUGAGACCUGGGCUUUUGCCUGUGAGACUCUCUCAUUAGCAGUGAUUUGGUCAACUUCCAUUUUUUCAAGUAGAGAGAAUGCGAUGACAUGGUCUCCUUUCCCAAACCCUUCAGCAGUGUAUUACCUCUCAGCAGCCCAGCUCUUCCCAUAUGGCCCAAAAGAAGGGGAAGAGACACAUCUAUCUGCUUUAAAAAAAUCGAUUUUCCAUCGCACUAAAGCUUACGUGAUUGUGCCAUUUAUUAAGUACUGUUACUCUAGAAAGGUUCUUCUUUUGGGGGUGGGGAAUUAUGAUUAUUAUUAUUCAUGAUAGUAGUAGAAAGUCAAAUGUAGAAUGUAAUCAAUAAAAAAAAAGAUUCGAGUGCCUAUUAUACAAGGGACUCAUGAAAUAUUUCUUUAAAGAUACUCCAUAUCAACUGGGAUUUUUAUAAUAUCCCAUUUUCUUGUGAUUAUUUGAAAUCAAUAAAUCAAAUAAACUCCCUCUUUGGGUCCUAUAA